AUGGGGGAGACAAAUUGUACUGCAACUGAAUUCAUUUUCUCAGGAUUGACACCUUUUCCGGAAUGGAAGGUCACCCUUUUUGUGUUGUUCCUAAUGAUUUAUGUGGUCACUCUGGUGGAGAAUCUUGGGAUGGCAGCUUUGAUCCAUGCUGAUGCCCAGCUCCAGAUUCCCAUGUACUUCUUCUUGAAGAGCUUGUCUGUCGUUGAUAGCUGUUAUUCCACAGUAAUCACUCCCAAGAUGUUGGUGAAUUUCUUAUCUGGAAAAGGCACCAUUACAUAUGUAGGUUGCAUUGUUCAAUACUUCACUUUCAUCUUUUUUGUGACCUCAGAGUGCCUCCUGCUUGCUGUAAUGGCUUAUGACCGUUAUGUGGCCAUCUGUAAUCCAUUGCUCUAUACUGUGAUGAUGUCUCCAAAGAUACUUUGCGCAGGGCUGGUGGCAGGAUCGUACCUUUGGGGUUUGGUGAACUCUCUGAUUCACACAGGUGGAUUGUUGAGAUUAUCCUUUCGUGGCUCCAACAUCAUCAAUCACUAUUUUUGUGAUCUCACACCCCUCCUGAAACUGUCUUGCAGUGAUAUUUAUAUAAAUGAGAUGCUUCUUUUUACUUUUGGCAGCUUGUUUGAAAUGAGCACCUUGCUGAUCAUUAUCGUCUCUUACAUAUUCAUCCUAAUGGCUGUUCUGAGGAUUCGCUCUGCUAAGGGGAGGCAUAAAGCAUUUUCCACCUGUGCUUCCCAUCUCACAGCUGUGGCCAUAUUCCACGGGACCAUUUUGUUCAUGUAUUUCCAUCCCAGUUCCAGCUAUUCGCUUGACACUGACAAAAUGGCCUCUGUGUUUUACACUGUGAUAAUACCCAUGUAG